GAUAACCGAAGCUCUCACCGCCCUCAGCUUCUCACCCUCUCUCUAUAGCUUUCCUGUUACGCAACCCAAUCCCUAGUUCCGGACCUCUUUGGGUUCUAGGGUUUCAACAUCAAAAUCGUUCAAAAAUUUGUCCAAUCUCUGGUAUCAAUUGUCGAUUUUCAAUGAAUUUUUGAUGCUCAAAUCGUCUGGACUCUCUCGAGUUCGUGUUUUUUCUUGGAAGGCAACCGGCGAUUGAUUCGAGACUUAGGUGAACGGCAAUCGAUCUGAAGAAUAGUCGAUUAUCGUUGAUCUGAUCGGUUUUUGAAGCUUCAAAUCAUUUGGGUAUUUGGAUUUCGUCGUCGAUCUGAGGAGUUGUAUCUCGCCGCGAUUCGGCUUCGGGACGUUAGGGCUUCUUCGACUCUCGCUGCGAUCGGUUCGAUCUGAUUCAAAUCGCUGCGAUCGGUUCGAUCUGAUUCAAAUCGCUGCAAUCUGUUCGAUCUGAUUCAAUUCUUUGCAAUCGGUGUAUAUUUCUUUGGAGGCCUUCUUUUACCUGUACGAGUUGAAGAUUGGAUCGGUGAUUGAAGUAUUCGGCUUUGAAGAGAUCUUUUGGGAUUGAAGGACCGGUUGAUUUGCGGUUUGAGAAGUUCAUUCGUUGGUUUGAUCUCUCUCGUGUUAUUGAAGAGAAUUAGAAAACAAAAAAAGAGCUAAAUUUUUGUACUUUUUAUAUAUUGUUGUUUCAUUCAAUAUCAGGCCUUGAUUUUUAUUUGACGGCCUUUGGUUAUUUAGGGCCUUGUGUUCGUUCUUUCUUUCUCUAUAUUUUUUUAGCAGAGGGAAAAAAAAUUUAAAAGAAAUAUGUCUGUGUAUUAUAAGUUCAAAAGUGCAAAAGAUUAUGACUUUAUUCCAAUCGACGGUCAUUUCAUAUCAGUUGCCAAUUUGAAAGAAAAAAUAUUUGAAUCCAAGCAUUUGGGCAGGGGUACUGAUUUUGACCUUGUUGUCACCAACGCUCAGACUAAUGAAGAGUAUCUCGAUGACGCAAUGUUGAUUCCGAAAAAUACUUCUGUUUUAAUUCGCCGAGUUCCUGGACGGCCUCGAAUGAACAUUGUUACUGAACCAGUUGCCGAACAAGACGAGCCAAAGGUGGACAAUAUGUCUGAGGAUGCUCAACCAGCAAAGAGUAGUAGCUUCUUGGGAGCUGAUCCAUCUGGAAUGAAAUAUCUUGAAGAUUCAGAAUGGGAUGAAUUUGGGAAUGAUUUAUAUGCUAUUCCUGAAGCCGUACCAGUUCAAGCAAGCAAUCCAAUUCAGGACGCCCCCCCUCCUAGUAAAGCUGACGAGGACAGCAAGAUCAAGGCUUUAAUUGAUACUCCGGCUUUGGAUUGGCAGCAUCAAGCUUCCAAUGGCUUUGGACCGGGUAGAGGUUUUGGACGGGGCAUGGGCGGAAGAAUGAUGAACGGACGUGGUUUUGGUCGAGGAUUGGAGCGGAAAACACCUCCCCAGGGCUACACAUGUCACAGGUGCAAAGUUCCUGGGCAUUUUAUUCAGCACUGCCCCACAAAUGGUGAUCCUAAUUUUGACAUUAAAAGAGUGAAACCUCCCACUGGUAUUCCGAAAUCUAUGUUGAUGGCUACUCCAGAUGGCUCAUAUGCAUUACCGAGUGGUGCUGUUGCUGUUUUGAGGCCAAAUGAGGCUGCUUUUGAAAAGGAAAUUGAGGGGUUACCUUCCACUCGUCCUGUUGGCGAUCUUCCACCAGAACUUCACUGCCCAUUGUGUAAAGAAGUAAUGAAAGAUGCUGUGCUGACAAGCAAGUGUUGUUUCAAUAGUUUUUGUGAUAAAUGCAUAAGAGACCACAUCAUCUCUAAGUCGAUGUGUGUAUGUGGUGCCACAAAUAUACUCGCAGAUGAUCUUUUACCCAAUAGAACACUCAGGGAUACUAUCAAUAGGAUUUUGGAGUCCAAUAACAGCAGUGCAGAAAACGCUGGCAGUGCUUUCCAAGCUCAAGAUAUGGAGUCGGCCCGCUGUCCACUGCCUAAGAUUCCAUCCCCUACGCUGUCAGCGGCCUCAAAGGCAGAGCAAGUGACAUUGCCUCAAAUUGAAGAGACUCCAAAAGUAAAGGAGACUACAGAACAUGGUAUGACUGUUAAUGCUCCCCAGCAAACCUUGGAGAAAGGGAGGAAUUCCAAAGUUGCAGAUGUUACUGAAGCUAUACAUGGAUCAAUGAGUGUGAAGGAACCAGCAUCGCAGGGUAGUGCUCCACUGCCUGAUGAAGAAGUGCAGCAAAAGCCAGUCUCUGAUGAGGCAGGAAAGAAAAAGAAGAAGAAGAAAGCUCGCUUGCCUUUAAAUGCUACAGAGAUGCAGUGGAAAGCUUCUCAAGACUUUGCAGCUGAGAAUUAUAUGAUGCCUAUGGGGCCUUCUGCCUAUAACCCUUACUGGACUGGCAUGCAACCUGGAAUGGAAGGAUAUGCUGCGCCCUAUGGUGCUGGUGCCAUGCCUUAUAUGGGUUAUGGAUUUGGUCCUUUAGAUGUCCCAUUUGGGGGGGUCUUACCACCAGACCCCUUUGGAGCACAAGGUUAUAUGUGGCCUAUGGCCCCACCACCACAAAGGGAUCUCGCAGAAUUCGGGAUGGGCAUGCAGGCUGGACCCAUCUUGAGCAGAGAGGAAUUUGAGGCUCGGAAAGCGGAUCUAAGGAGGAAACGUGAAUUUGAGAGACGGGGUGAAAGCAGGGAGUUGUUCAGUAAGGAAGUGAGCAGCAGUGGCGAUGUAUCUUCAUUGAAACCAAAAUCUCAAAAGCCCAUCCACCAAACAUCGGGGACAGACCACCACCACUAUCGCCAACGAUCUGAGAAGCCAUCGCCGGAACGCCCCAUCCGGGACUUGGAGCCACCGCGCCCUUCCUCCAAAAGGAAAUCCGACUACGACUAUCACCGUGACCACCACCACACCCACCACCGUCCAGACUCUUUAUCAUCUAAACCUCCCUCAGCACCCAUAGAUCCACCGCCCAGAACCACCACCACGACAACAACAGCAGCAGACCGAAAGCAGAAGGCCAGUGUCUUCUCUCGGAUCAGCUUCCCCGAAGAAGAAGCAGCAGCAGCAGCAGCGGCUGCCUCCAAGAAGCGAAAGCUCUCGUCGGAAGCUCUGGUCAGUGCCUCUGCCUCAUCUGGUCACCACAAGGCGACUUCAAAUGGCUAUCACGAAGACUACAAGACUUCUUCUUCCUCUCUGAAGAAGCCGGCACCGGCAGCGACAUCAAGGAAGAGUGCGAGUGUUGCUGUGGAUUAUGAUUCGAGCGACGACGAGCGGCAUUUCAAGAGGAGGCCCUCGAGGUACGAGGCAUCACCGCCGGCGGCAAACGUAAUGGAGUGGGAAGAAGAGGCCAGGCAUUCGAGAGGAUCGAGGGAGCGAGAACGAGAUCGAGGAAGAGAUGGUUACAGUAAGCACAGAUAGGUUUAGAAUGAGUCCGGGCUUCUUCUCCAAUCUGAGACACAGCCAUUAGAGACUCUCUCCCCCCCUCUCUCUCUCUCUCUCUCUUCCCUCGUUGAAGUUUUGUAUACGAAUGAUGAUGACCCCAUUGAAGGAGGGGGAGAGAAACCUGUUGCAGGGGGAUCUUUGAAAUUUGAGCUUUGUAUUUAAUAAACCAUACAUUGAUCGUUAUUUUAAUGUGAUUGGUUGUUUUACCUAACAAUGGUCUUAAUCACAUUUUUGUUCUUGCUUUA